CACAGGACACCUUUGAUCUCCUUGUCAAAGGACUUUCCAGCGAUUCUACAACACCUCCGUUAUUGUCUUCAGCACGACCUUUCUAGCGCACGUGUUUUUGACGUGUUGUCUUCCUGAAACUCGCUACAAUUUUAUGUUUUUUUUUGUUCACAGGACUGGAGAAAACGCGACACAACGACGGACGAGUGGGUGAAAAUUAUAAAAAGUUCCUGUGAAAGUUGAUAGGAAAGCGAAAAAUCGAAUAUGAGAAAUGUAAACAGUGACAGAGCCUUCAGUGUCUAAGUGAAUGAAUGAAUGGUUCGAAUUAUCUCUUAUCAAUUAAUUCAGUUUCUUUCCGAAUAUGACUAAACAUAAGCUGAAAUCUAGGUGCAGGAAGGAGUGACCAAAGUGAAGUGAACCAAAAGUAUCUUCUGUUUAAAACUUUACUUCUUUUAUUUUUGUUUGGAAAUGUGUACUAUAAAAUAAGUUCCCCGUGAACGAGAAGUGCAAGGCUCAAUUCACGAGAUAGUGACAAGUGUGUGUUUGUGUGUACGUAUCCUGUGGGGCGUCUGAGUUCAAGGACGUCGCGCAGGAGACGAGAUUUCCCUGUUGUUGCUUACAACACUGUGAAGCGGUGCGUUAAGGAGAACGACAUACUUGGCUUGGAAACUGGAGCGUAAAUAAACCAGCGCAAAAUGGCAGAAGCUGAAGGUGGCUCCGAGCAGGAUGAUGUUUCAUUCUUGCGUACGGAAGACAUGGUCUGCCUCUCAUGUACAGCAACUGGUGAACGUGUGUGUUUAGCUGCUGAAGGCUUUGGCAACCGCCAUUGCUUCCUUGAGAACAUUGCAGACAAAAAUGUUCCACCAGAUUUGUCGCAAUGUGUUUUUGUCAUUGAACAAGCGCUAUCAGUGCGUGCCUUACAGGAGUUGGUGACGGCAGCCGGUUCGGAGACCGAUAAGGCGCUUGGCAAAGGAACUGGAUCCGGUCAUAGAACUUUACUUUAUGGCAAUGCCAUUCUUCUCCGACAUCACAAUAGUGAUAUGUAUUUAGCGUGCCUUUCGACAUCAUCGUCCAACGAUAAGCUAUCUUUCGACGUAGGUUUGCAGGAACAUAGCCAAGGUGAAGCUUGCUGGUGGACUGUUCAUCCAGCCAGUAAACAACGAUCUGAAGGUGAAAAGGUUCGAGUUGGUGAUGACUUGAUUUUGGUGUCCGUCGCUACGGAACGAUACUUGCAUACUACAAAAGAAAACGAUCUAUCCGUCGUGAAUGCUAGCUUCCAUGUUACCCACUGGUCAGUGCAACCAUAUGGAACUGGUAUCUCACGUAUGAAGUAUGUAGGCUAUGUCUUUGGUGGCGAUGUCCUUCGAUUCUUCCAUGGAGGGGAUGAGUGUCUAACAAUACCAAGUACAUGGACCAAAGAGAUAGGACAAAACAUUGUAAUUUACGAAGGAGGAUCUGUAAUGAGCCAGGCUCGUUCACUAUGGCGACUAGAACUUGCCCGAACGAAGUGGACUGGAGGCUUUAUCAACUGGUACCACCCGAUGCGAAUUCGACAUAUUACUACAGGACGAUAUUUAGGCGUUAACGAGAACAAUGAACUUGUUCUGCUUCGACGAGAGGAAGCAACAAUAAGCUCUUCGACGUUCUGCCUGCGCCAGGAAAAGGACGAUCAAAAAGUCGUCCUCGAAGACAAAGAUCUGGAAAUAAUCGGUUCGCCGAUUAUCAAAUAUGGUGAUUCUACGGUCAUCGUACAACAUUCUGAGUCAGGAUUGUGGUUGAGUUAUAAAAGUUACGAAACAAAAAAAAAAGGCGUUGGCAAAGUUGAGGAGAAACAAGCUAUAUUGCACGAAGAAGGAAAAAUGGAUGACGGGCUAGACUUCUCAAGAUCUCAAGAAGAGGAGUCCAAGACAGCUCGCGUUAUCCGCAAAUGCAGCAGUUUGUUCACGAGUUUUAUUAAUGGCCUUGAAACUUUGCAAGGGAAUCGUCGCCAUUCUAUGUUCUUUCAUACAGUGAACCUGGGCGAGAUGGUCAUGUGCCUUGAGGACCUUAUAAAUUAUUUUUCCCAGCCUGAUGAUGAUAUGGAACAUGAAGAAAAACAGAAUCGCUUCCGUGCGCUCCGAAAUCGGCAGGAUCUCUUUCAGGAAGAAGGUGUUCUUAAUUUGAUCCUGGAAGCAAUCGAUAAAAUCAACGUAAUAACUUCACAAGGCUUUUUAGCCAGUUUUUUGGCUGGCGACGAAAUGGGCCAAAGCUGGGACCUCAUCUCUACAUACUUGUACCAGCUCCUGGCUGCCAUCAUCAAAGGCAACCACACGAACUGCGCUCAGUUCGCCAACAGCAACCGACUCAACUGGCUCUUCUCUCGUUUGGGAUCGCAAGCCUCGAGUGAAGGUUCUGGCAUGUUGGAUGUACUCCACUGUGUCCUGAUCGAUUCACCGGAAGCCUUGAAUAUGAUGCGCGACGAACAUAUCAAAGUCAUUAUUUCCUUGUUAGAAAAACAUGGGCGUGAUCCGAAAGUUUUGGAUGUACUUUGCUCACUAUGUGUUGGUAACGGAGUUGCUGUGAGGUCAUCGCAGAAUAACAUUUGCGACUAUUUGUUACCGGGUAAGAACCUACUGCUGCAAACACAAUUAGUGGAUCAUGUUGCAAGUAUUCGUCCGAACAUUUUCGUCGGUCGUGUGCAAGGCUCCGCAAUGUAUCAAAAGUGGUAUUUCGAAGUUACCAUGGAUCAUAUCGAGCAGACCACUCAUAUGAUGCCUCACUUGCGUAUUGGGUGGGCCAAUACAUCUGGGUAUGUCCCAUAUCCUGGUGGUGGUAAGAAAUGGGGCGGUAAUGGUGUUGGAGAUGAUUUAUACUCAUUUGGUUUCGAUGGAGCCUUUCUUUGGACAGGGGGUCGGAAAACUCCAGUAGUUAAUCAGGAGCCCAUAGAACCAUAUAUUCGGAAAAGUGAUGUUAUUGGAGUAGCACUCGACUUAACAGUUCCAAUUAUUACCUUUACUUUUAAUGGUGCCAAAGUCCGCGGAAGUUUCCGAAAUUUCAACUUGGAUGGAAUGUUUUUCCCGGUUAUGAGUUGCUCAUCGAAGAUUAGCUGUCGUUUCCUUCUAGGCGGCGACCAUGGUCGUUUGAAAUAUGCUCCGCCUCUAGGGUUCAGCCCACUUGUUCAGUGCCUUAUGCCACAUCAAAUACUUAGCUUGGAUCCUUGCUUUUAUUUUGGAAAUUUGAACAAAAACGUUUUGGCUGGGCCAUGGCUAGUGGAAGAUGAUACUGCAUUUGUUCCUAGCCCAGUAGACACUUCAGAAAUUUUACUUCCAUCGUCAGUUGAUUCAAUUAAAGAGAAGUUGGCUGAGAACAUUCAUGAAAUGUGGGCCUUAAAUAAAAUAGAAGCUGGCUGGUCAUGGGGCGAACAUCGUGACGAUUUACACCGCAUACACCCAUGCUUGACACAAUUUGAAAAGCUCCCUGCACCAGAAAAACGUUACGAUUGUCAACUAGCUGUUCAAACGUUGAAAACUAUCAUAGCUUUGGGCUAUUACAUCACAGUAGAUAAACCCCCGGCAAGAAUUCGUCCAAUUCGGCUUCCCAACGAACCAUUCAUGCAGGCAAACGGCUAUAAACCAGCCCCCCUUGAUCUAAGCGCUGUCACUUUAUCACCCAAACUGGAAGAAUUAGUUGAUCAACUUGCUGAAAACACCCACAAUCUUUGGGCCAAAGAAAGAAUUCAACAAGGAUGGACUUACGGUCUCAACGAAGACUCCGAUAAUUUAAGGAGCCCACAUUUGGUUCCUUAUUCGAAAGUCGAUGAAGCUAUCAAGAAAGCUAACCGUGAUACAGCUUCUGAGACAGUACGAACCCUCCUUGUUUAUGGUUAUAAUUUGGACCCACCAACUGGAGAAGGAAAUGAAGCUCUAGUGGCUGAAGCUCUUCGCUUGAAACAUGCUGCGUUCCGAACAUAUCGUGUUGAACGCAAUUAUGCCGUUACAUCAGGGAAGUGGUAUUUUGAAUUUGAGGUGUUAACUGCAGGGCCCAUGCGAGUAGGUUGGGCACGCGCCGAUUGCCACCCCGGAACAAUGCUGGGAAGUGAUGAUAGCACUUGGGCUUUUGACGGUUACAAUGAAGAGAAAGUCUCUGGUGGCGCAACAGAAUCCUUUGGAAAACAAUGGGGACCUGGUGAUGUAGUAGGUGUCUUCCUAGAUCUCGUCGAUCACACGAUCAGUUUCUCAUUGAACGGCGAACUACUGAUGGAUGCACUCGGAGGAGAAACAACAUUUGCUGAAGUAUCAGCGGAAGGAGUAGGAUUCGUCCCAGCUUGUACACUUGGGGUGGGCCAGAAAGCUAGAUUAACAUACGGACAAAAUGUGGAUUCCCUUAAAUAUUUCACAACUUGCGGUCUUCAAGAGGGAUACGAACCAUUUUGCGUUAACAUGCGACGCGCUGUCACUCACUGGUAUACUAAGGAUCAACCAAUUUUCGAGAACACUGAAGACAUGCCUGAUUGCCGCAUCGAUGUGACAAGAAUCCCUGCCGGUGCCGAUACACCUCCAUGCUUGAAGAUUUCCCACAAUACUUUCGAAACUAUGGAAAAAGCCAAUUGGGAAUUCCUCCGCUUGUCGUUGCCUGUUACCUGUAACUCAACAUUUAUUGACGAACAAGAGAAAAGUCAUCGCUGGAAUGAUAUCAAACUACGUCAAUAUCGCCUUAUGGCCGAAGCGGAAAAUCAAAAUAUCGCAUCGCCAGCUCAUAUCGAUCAUAUAAUGAAGAGCGGUUUUACGAUGAACGAUUUGAAGAGUCUACAUCGAAGCUAUCCAGAAGAACAUGCAGAACCCGAAGAUCAUCUAUUACGGACGCAAACCUCGCCUGCACGACCGCCGCGGAAAGGGUCUUUGUCCCGAAAUAUUACGUUCGAAACGCCUAUGUACAAUGGAAUAAAUGGACGAUUGGAGAGAUCAUCGAGUGCUCUGGAUAUGAAUCAUAUCAUAGAACAACCCGAUGAUAAGAAAAAACGGGGACGUAGCCCAUUCAAAUUCUUCUCGAAGAAGAGCCGCGACCAGAGCAAGGAAAAGGCAAAGGCAGCAGAGUACAUGGAACGAAGAAAUACAGUCACCCAUGGAAGGAAUGUGGUUCAUUCAUCAAUAACUACUCGACCGCCAACUGUUCGAAUCUCAGACACUGAACUUCGCAUGCAGGCUCAAUCUCAGCAAGCCGCUGAACGAUCGAAAACUCUAACUACAACAAACCUGGGCUCUCAAGGCAUUGAAUCAUCUGGAAAUGAAAUCUUCGACGCUGAAUGCCUCAAGCUCAUGAAUGAAUACUUCUACGGUGUGAGAAUUUACCCCGGCCAGGAUCCAACACAUGUCUAUGUCGGCUGGGUAACCACCCAAUUUAAUUUACAUAGCAAAGAAUUCAACAAGGAGAAGGUCCGUUGUGCAUCUGUAGUACUUGAAGGUGACUACGAACAAAUCCUGGACAGAAUCAAUCGACAAAGCUGCUAUAUGGUCCGAACUGACGAACUAUUCAAUGAAACAACGCAAGACGCAUCAGGCAAGGGUGCCUCGCAAGGCAUGUUUAUUGGCUGUUUUGUUGAUACGUCAACUGGAAUUAUUCGAUUCACUUGCGAGGGCAAAGAGACAUCUCACCGUUGGAUGAUGGAACCAGAUACCAAGCUAUUCCCGGCUAUUUUCGUGGAGGCAACUUCGAAGGAAAUACUUCAAAUUGAAUUGGGACGAACGGCGACCACGCUUCCACUCUCUGCCGCCGUACUCCCAACUAGCGAUAAGCACCUCAAUCCCCAGUUCCCACCGAGAUUAAAGGUACAAUGUCUGAAGCCGUACCAAUGGGCUAGAGUGCCAAACCAAUUUCUACAAGUUCACGCUCUCAAACUAUCUGAUAUUCGGGGCUGGUCGAUGUUGUGCGAAGACCCCGUGUCUAUGCUCGCUCUCCACAUUCCGGAAGAGGACCGCUGCAUUGACAUUCUCGAACUGAUUGAAAUGGAAAAACUUUUAUCGUUCCACGCUCACACACUAACACUCUAUGCAGCCCUUUGCUACCAAUCGAACUUCAGAGCUGCUCAUGCACUUUGUCAGCACGUCGAUCAGAAACAGUUGUUGUAUGCUAUCAAAUCAGAGUAUAUGAGCGGUCCACUGCGGCAAGGUUUCUACGAUUUAUUGAUUGCUCUCCACUUGGAGUCUCACGCCACUACAAUGGAAGUCUGUAAGAACGAAUUCAUAAUUCCUCUAGGGCAAGAGCUGAAAGAUCUUUACGGCGAACCGGAAAUGUCGCAUUCUCUGCGGUCUCUGAAAACGGAGUCGGUCAAACCACAGCUGCGGAUGACUGAAAUCGCUCCCCCAAACAACCACAACCACACCCCUGUACAAUCCACAAUAGUAGCACCAAGUGUUUCUAGUGAGCCGAUACCCAACAUCGACCAACUCUACUCUCCGAAAUUCCCAUUGGAUGUCGUUCGGGAAUUCGUCAUGGAAGCACUUUCGGAGGCCGUUGAAGUGAACCAGAUUCAUAACCGUGACCCUAUUGGCUGGUCAAACGAAAACCUAUUUUUACCCUUAUUGAAGCUCACCGACCGUCUAUUAUUGGUCGGCGUAGUUACAGAUGAAGACGUCGAGAAAUUACUGAUUAUGAUUGAUCCCGAAACAUGGGACCCGACCUUCCAAAAAGAUGGAAAAGACGAACACCGUAAGGGCCUCCUUACGAUGAAAAUGGCAGAGGGAGCCAAAUUGCAAAUGUGCUACCUUCUCCAUCACUUAUACGAUAUACAGUUACGACAUAGGACAGAAAGUAUUAUUGCUUUCUCGCACGACUUUGUCGGCGACCUUCAAAGCGAUCAGCUCCGAAGAUAUAUUGAAAUUAAACAAUCGGACCUCCCAAGCGCCUUGGCUGCUAAGAAGACUAAGGAGUUCCGUUGUCCGCCCAGGGAGCAAAUGAAUUUCAUUUUGAACUUUAAAAAUUUAGAAGCAGAUGAUACUGAGAAUUGUACUUGUGGCCUGGAACUUAGGACUGGUUUGAAGGAGUUCCACGAUGAUCUUAUGAAAAAGGUCUCAUUGAAUGCUUUACAAGAACCCGAAGAGCCUGAAAAUGCCAUUGUCGAAUCAGUUAAAACAGGGCCCAUUACUAAACUCUAUAACUUAAUAAAUGCAGUCAAGGAAUUGGAGGAAGGUCCAAAAGAGCCUGAAGUGCCGGAGAAGAAAACACCUGAAGAGGUUUUCCGCAAGGUUCUUAUUAAGACAAUCGUACAGUGGGCUGAAGAGUCACAAAUCGAAACCCCUAAACUAGUUCGUGAAAUGUUCAGCCUUCUUGUACGGCAAUAUGAUACUGUGGGAGAAUUAGUCCGAGCCCUUGAAAAAACAUAUGUGAUAAGCAGUAAGACAAAGGAAGACGUUGCGGAAAUGUGGGUGGGUUUGAGUCAGAUUCGAGCGCUUCUUCCAGUGCAAAUGAGUCAAGAAGAGGAGGAGCUGAUGCGUAAACGACUAUGGAAACUAGUCAAUAACCACACUUUCUUCCAACACCCCGAUCUAAUUCGCAUUCUCCGCGUUCACGAAAACGUAAUGGCUGUGAUGAUGAACACGUUGGGCAGACGAGCUCAAGCUCAAAGCGAUGCACCCGUGCAAAGUGAAGGAACGGAAGUUGCCACUAAAGAAAAGGAUACUUCACACGAGAUGGUUGUUGCGUGUUGUCGUUUCCUCUGUUACUUCUGUAGAACAAGCAGACAGAAUCAGAAGGCUAUGUUUGAUCAUUUCGAUUUCUUACUGGAUAACUCGAACAUCCUUCUCUCACGACCAAGUUUACGUGGUUCUACACCACUCGACGUUGCGUACUCUAGCUUGAUGGAAAAUACUGAACUUGCUCUCGCUCUUCGAGAACAUUACUUGGAAAAAAUUGCAGUUUAUCUAUCCCGCUGCGGUCUACAAAGCAAUUCAGAACUUGUAGAAAAAGGCUACCCUGAUUUGGGAUGGGAUCCAGUUGAAGGUGAACGUUAUCUUGAUUUCCUCCGAUUCUGUGUAUGGGUGAAUGGAGAAAGCGUCGAAGAAAAUGCCAAUCUUGUCAUUCGUCUAUUAAUUCGCCGACCAGAAUGUUUGGGCCCUGCCCUUCGCGGUGAAGGAGAAGGUCUGCUCCGUGCUAUCAUCGACGCUAAUAAGAUGUCAGAGAGAAUUGCUGAUCGCCGCAAAAUGCAGGAUGAAGCAGAAGGAACAAUUUCGGGACUAAAUUUCACGCAUCCUCUACCAGAAGGGGAUGAGGACGAGGAUUAUAUUGAUACAGGAGCAGCAAUCCUCAACUUUUACUGUACACUCGUGGAUCUUUUAGGGCGGUGUGCUCCAGAUGCAGCCGUAAUAGAACAAGGCAAAAACGAAUCAUUACGAGCUCGUGCGAUUUUAAGAUCCCUUGUACCAUUAGAAGACUUGCAAGGAGUCUUAAGUUUGAGGUUCACUCUAUCCACCCCGGCACCCGGCGAAGAGAAACCCAAAUCCGAUAUGCCAUCUGGUUUGAUUCCAGGAAAUAAACAAAGCAUCGUUUUGUUUCUGGAAAGAGUUUAUGGCAUCGAAACAAAAGAACUAUUCUACAAAUUGCUGGAAGAGGCAUUCCUGCCCGACUUACGAACUGCUACAAUGUUGGAUAAGAACGAUGGAUCUGAGAGCGACAUGGCAUUGUCUAUGAACCGUUACAUAGGGAAUUCAAUUCUCCCACUUCUCAUAAAGCAUUCGAAAUUCUACAACGAAGCAGAAAAUUAUGCUAGCUUGCUUGACGCUACCUUGCACACCGUUUAUAGAUUAUCUAAAAAUCGCAUGCUGACCAAAGGGCAAAGAGAAGCCGUGUCCGACUUUUUGGUCGCGCUGACUUCUCAGAUGCAACCUGCUAUGUUGUUGAAACUUCUCAGGAAAUUAACUGUCGAUGUCUCCAAACUAUCAGAAUACACCACCGUCGCAUUAAGGCUACUAACGCUUCAUUACGAUCGUUGCGCUAAGUAUUACGGAUCAAGCCAAGGACAAGGAGCGUACGGAGCAUCGUCGGAUGAAGAAAAACGACUAACAAUGCUCUUAUUCUCAAAUAUCUUUGAUUCUCUCAGCAAUAUGGACUACGACCCCGAAUUAUUCGGAAAAGCACUCCCUUGCCUUAUCGCUAUUGGUUGCGCCUUACCACCUGAUUACAGUUUAUGCAAAAAUACUGAAGAAGACUGUUACGGUCGACAUUCAGGGGCUCCGGACCAACCUCAGUACAAUCCACAACCAAUCAACACUACCACAGUUCAAUUAGACAAUGAUCUUAAUUCAAUCAUUCAAAAGUUCAGUGAACAUUACCAUGACUCUUGGGCCAGCAGAAAACUAGAAGCCGGCUGGGUUCAUGGAGAGUCCUGGUCUGAUGUACAAAAAACUCAUCCAAGAUUGAAGCCGUACAGUAGCUUGAAUGAUUAUGAAAAGGAGCGAUACCGGGAACCUGUAAGGGAAAGUAUGAAAGCAUUGCUAGCUAUUGGCUGGACAAUAGAGCAUUCUGAUGUCGACCUCCCUAUGAAUAACCGAGGAUCAAUGAGAAGGCAAUCCAAGCAUCAACUCGAUUUUCAGAGCGAGACAGCUACACCAUUCAACUAUAAUCCUCAUCCGGUCGACAUGACAAACUUGACGCUAAGCAGAGAAAUGCAAAAUAUGGCCGAACGUCUUGCCGAAAAUUCUCACGACAUCUGGGCAAAGAAGAAAAAGGAGGAGUUAAACACUUGUGGGGGUUCCAUACACCCUCAGUUGGUGCCAUACGACUUGCUUACAGAUAAAGAGAAGCGAAAAGAUCGAGAACGCUCACAAGAAUUUUUGAAAUAUUUGCAAUAUCAAGGAUACAAAUUGCACAAACCGUCAAAAGGUGGCAUAGUUGAAGGCGAAUUAGGUGCCGUUCAAGCUUCCGUCGAGCUCCGAUUUUCAUAUUCCCUUCUGGAGAAGUUGAUCGCAUAUCUCGAUCGAGCAACCAUCAACAUGAAGAUCCUAAAGCCUUCGGCAACUUUCAGCAGACGUAGCUCAUUUAAAACAAGUUCCCGCGAUAUCAAAUUCUUCUCCAAAGUGGUUCUGCCUCUUAUGGAAAAAUAUUUCUCAACGCAUCGAAACUACUUCAUAGCAGUUGCUACCGCCACAAAUAACAUUGGCGCAGCGUCACUUAAGGAAAAAGAAAUGGUUGCUUCAAUCUUCUGCAAACUAGCAUCACUUCUGCGCAACAGAAUGUCGGCAUUUGGCCCAGAUGUUAGAAUUACUGUACGAUGUCUGCAAGUUUUGGUCAAGGGUAUCGAUGCAAAAUCACUAACAAAGAAUUGCCCAGAAUUCAUCAGGACAUCUAUGCUAACGUUUUUCAACAACACAGCCGAUGAUUUGACCCAAACCAUAGCCAAUUUGCAGGACGGUAGAUAUAGUUAUCUCAGGGGAACGCAUCUAAAGACGUCAACAUCUCUUUCAUAUGUCAAUACGGUUAUCCUGCCCGUUUUGACCGCUAUGUUUGAUCAUUUGGCUGCAUGCGACUACGGCAGUGAUCUUCUACUGGAUGAAAUUCAAGUGGCAUCUUAUAAGAUCCUUGCUGCCUUGUACAUGCUUGGAACGGAUCUAACUCUAACUAGAGAAAGGAAAUAUUUAAAAACAGAACUGGAACGACAUCGGCCGAAUCUCGGAUCUUGCUUGGGAGCGUUCAGUUCAACUUUCCCCGUCGCCUUCCUUGAGCCUCAUCUCAACAAACAUAAUCAAUUCUCAUUGCUCAACCGCAUCGCUGACCAUUCGUUGGAAGCACAAGACAUUCUAGUUAGAAUGGAAAGUUCUAUGCCAAAUUUAGAAGCAAUCUUACAGGAAGUCGAUCAAUUCGUUGAGUCCGAUAAAACGUAUCACGACGUCCCGCAUAUAAUUGAUGUUAUUUUGCCCCUUCUUUGUGCAUAUUUGCCAUUCUGGUGGGCCCAAGGCCCGGAUAAUGUCAGCCCUACUAGUGGAAACCACGUCACCAUGGUAACAGCGGAUCAUAUGAAUCACCUUUUGAAAAAUGUUCUCAAACUUAUCAAGAAGAAUAUCGGCAACGAGAACGCUCCUUGGAUGACGCGAAUUGCGGCUUACACUCAACAAAUUAUUAUCAACAGUUCUGAGGAAUUAUUGAAAGAUCCCUUCCUACCGUUAGCUGAAAGAGUGAAAAAACGCACGGAGACUAUGUUCCAUAAAGAGGAAAGCUUGAGAGGCUUCAUCAAGUCAGCAACAGACGAUACUUCACAAGUUGAAACGCAGAUUCAGGAAGACUGGCAGCUUCUAGUACGAGACAUAUACUCAUUUUAUCCACUUCUGAUCAAGUACGUUGAUCUACAACGUAAUCACUGGCUGAAGGACAAUGUUCCUGAAGCCGAAGAACUAUAUAACUACGUUGCGGAGAUAUUUAACAUAUGGUCUAAGUCCCAGUACUUCCUUAAAGAAGAGCAGAACUUUAUUUCAACAAAUGAAAUUGAUAACAUGGCACUGAUUAUGCCCACAGCCACACGAAGAUCCGCAACAGUUGUUGAUGGAGCGCCCGUCACGGGUGGCAAAGUGAAAAAGAAGAAAAAGCACCGUGACAAGAAGCGCGAUAAGGACAAAGAAGUCCAGGCCAGCUUGAUGGUAGCAUGUCUUAAGCGUCUCCUACCAGUAGGCUUGAAUCUGUUCGCGGGUCGCGAACAAGAACUGGUUCAGCACUGCAAAGAUCGCUAUCUCAAAAAGAUGCCUGAGUAUGAGGUCAUUGAAUUUGCAAGGACUCAACUCACUCUUCCCGAUAAGUUGGAUCCAGCUGAUGAAAUGUCGUGGCAACACUAUCUGUAUUCAAAACUGGGCAAGAAAGAAGCCACCAUUGAAGAAAUUGCAGAAAAAGCAUCAGCCGCAACCGGCGAGAAAAAAAGUGAGAAGGCUAAAAUCGAAGACACCGUAGAUCGAAUCGUUGCUAUGGCCAAAGUCCUCUAUGGCCUCCAUAUGAUCGACCACCCGCAACAGCAGAGCCGGAACGUCUAUAGGAGUGUGGUUUCCAUUCAAAGGAAGCGCGCUGUAAUCGCUUGCUUCCGUCAAACAUCACUUCAUUCACUUCCAAGACAUCGUGCCUGUAAUAUUUUCGCGAGGUCAUACUACGAACAAUGGCUGCAGGAAGAGAACGUUGGACAAGAAGUUAUGAUCGAAGACUUGACCCAAUCUUUUGAAGAUGCUGAGAAAGCCAAGAAAGAGGAGACUGACGAGGAAGGUAAACCAGACCCUCUUACCCAGUUAGUUACAACAUUUUGCCGCGGAGCAAUGACCGAGAGAAGUGGCGCUCUACAAGAAGAUCCUUUAUACAUGUCUUACGCGCAAAUCGCCGCCAAAUCUUGCGGCGAGGAGGAUGAAGAAGGCGGUGAUGAAGAGGGCGGUGAAGAGGGCGAAGGAACUAGUAUACAUAAAACAAUCAAUAAAUUGAUGGAACAAGAAAUGGAGAAACAAAAACUUCUUUUCCACCAAGCCCGCUUGGCCAACCGUGGUGUCGCGGAAAUGGUUCUCCUACACAUAUCAGCAUCAAAGGGAUUACCGUCCGAUAUGGUUAUGACAACACUUAAUCUGGGAAUUGCUAUCUUGCGAGGUGGCAACAUUGACAUUCAGAUGGGCAUGCUUAAUCAUUUAAAGGAGAAAAAGGACGUUGGCUUCUUCACAUCAAUAGCAGGACUUAUGAAUUCGUGCAGCGUUUUGGACUUGGAUGCAUUCGAGAGGAAUACUAAAGCUGAAGAGUACAUUCCAAGUGCGGGUGCAGGUUUGGGAGUUGGAUCCGAAGGAGCUGCUGGCGAGAAGAAUAUGCACGACGCAGAGUUUACUUGUGCUUUGUUCCGCUUCAUACAGCUGACGUGCGAAGGGCACAACUUAGAAUGGCAGAACUACUUGAGAACUCAAGCCGGAAACACAACCACGGUAAAUGUUGUAAUCUGCACCGUUGAUUACCUGCUAAGGCUUCAGGAAUCCAUAAUGGACUUCUACUGGCACUACUCUAGCAAAGAGAUCAUUGAUCCUGCUGGAAAAGCCAACUUCUUUAAAGCCAUUGAAGUCGCUAGCCAAGUAUUCAACACCCUGACUGAAGUCAUCCAAGGUCCAUGCCCACUAAAUCAACAGGCCCUAGCACAUUCAAGAUUGUGGGAUGCUGUCGGCGGUUUCCUCUUUCUCUUCUCUCAUAUGCAGGAGAAGCUGUCAAAACAUUCGAGCCAGGUGGAUUUACUUAAGGAACUACUUAACUUGCAAAAGGACAUGAUUACAAUGAUGCUGUCCAUGCUUGAGGGCAAUGUUGUCAAUGGAACCAUUGGUAAACAAAUGGUGGAUACAUUGGUCGAAUCCGCGUCCAAUGUCGAGCUGAUUUUGAAGUAUUUCGAUAUGUUCCUCAAAUUGAAGGAUCUAAUCGAAUCGGCAAGUUUCCAGGAGGUCGAUCCAAACAGUGAAGGAUGGGUUACGCCAAAGGAUUUCAGAGAAAAAAUGGAACAGCAAAAAAGCUAUACCACCGAGGAAAUGGACUUCCUCCUGGCCUGCUGCGAACGCAAUCACGACGGCAAAAUCGAUUAUGUCGGUUUCGUAGAUCGUUUCCACGAACCUUCUAAGGAAAUCGGCUUCAACUUAGCAGUUCUUCUGACAAAUCUAAGUGAGCACAUGCCAAAUGAACCACGUCUCGCGAGAUUCCUCGAAACAGCCGGGUCGGUGUUGAACUAUUUUGAGCCAUUCUUGGGUCGUAUUGAAAUUUUGGGCAGCUCCAAACGUAUUGAACGGGUUUACUUCGAAAUCAAAGAAUCGAAUAUUGAGCAAUGGGAGAAACCACAAAUUAAAGAGUCAAAGAGAGCCUUCUUCUAUUCAAUCGUUACUGAGGGAGGCGAUAAGGAGAAACUAGAAGCAUUUGUCAACUUCUGUGAAGAUGCUAUCUUUGAAAUGACCCACGCUUCAGGUUUGAUGGCUACAGAGGACAGUGGAAGCAACAUAAAGAGAGAAGCAGCGUAUAGUUCGUACAUGAGUGAGGAAGAAGAAGAACGAGCGGCUCGUGAUCCCUUCCGAAGAGGAACUCAAGCUGUAAAAGACGGACUGAAAUAUUUCAUUCACAUGCUAAGCCCCACUAACAUUAAACAUCAAAUAGGCGUGAUGCAAACAAAGACAAUUCCGGAAAUUAUUAUUGGAUUCUUCAAAAUGAUCUUCUAUGCUUUCUACUACGCAGGUUACGGAAACUGCAUGAUCGUCAAGUACAUUUUCAACAUCCUUAUGUCUCUAAUGCGAGGACCGGCUACCGAAGAAGUGGAAUUACCAGCUAUUGAGCCAGAAGAUAAAUUCUCUGCAAGAGCACUGCCGCCCCUUCCGCUCGAAGAACCACCUGGCACAGUUCAAGCGUUUGGCGUAGAUAUUAGCAAAGAAGAUAACGGACAAUAUAAAGUAGUUUUGCAUGAAUCGCCUGCAAUUAGCCCCACUUCUUCGGUAGAAGAAACUGGGGAAAGCAGCCCUGAAGAAAGUGGAACAACUGAACAGCAACAAGAAGGAGACGGAAGUGAGCCGAUAACAUUGGUUGAUCUUUUGGGAGGUGAUGCAGCCAAACGUGCCGCGCAAGAACGAUCCGAAGCACAAAAAGUACAAGAAGCUGCCAUGGCUUCCAUCGAAGCUGAAGCUAAAAAGUCAGCAGCUACUGCCACAGAAACUCCUGCUGUCAACCAAAUCGACUUAUCACAAUACACUCAUCGGGCUGUUAGCUUUCUGGCCAGGAAUUUCUACAACCUCAAAUACGUUGCUUUGGUAUUGGCUUUCGGAAUAAAUUUCAUGUUGCUCUUCUAUAAGGUAGUGAACUUUGGUGGCGACGAGGAAGGUUCAGGUGAUGGCGAUGGAGACUUAUUCAUGGGGUCGGGAUCUGGAGGAGGUAUUGCUUCUUCUGGAUUAGGAUCUGGUGAGGGGUCAGGAGACGGAGAGGAUGAGGACGCACUGGAAGCGGUGAUAGUAGACGAGCAUUACUUCUAUAUGGCACACGUACUGCGGAUAGCUGCGAUGCUGCACAGCAUAGUAUCGCUUUGCAUGCUGAUUGCUUAUUACCAUCUAAAAGUCCCCCUAGCCAUAUUCAAACGAGAAAAGGAAAUCGCUCGGCGCUUAGAAUUUGAUGGCCUCUUCAUUGUUGAACAGCCAGAGGAUGAUGAUUUCAAAUCACAUUGGGAUAAACUAGUCAUAUCGGCUAAAUCCUUCCCUGUGAACUAUUGGGACAAAUUUGUUAAGAAGAAAGUCAGGCAGAAGUACAGUGAAACGUAUGACUUUGAUUCCAUCUCAAACUUACUUGGAAUGGAAAAAAGCGCAUUCACCGCACAAGAAUCUGAGGAAGGAGGGUUGUUCAACUACAUCAUCAAUAUUGAUUGGCGUUACCAGAUUUGGAAGGCUGGAGUGACCAUUACAGACAAUGCUUUCCUGUACUCUUUGUGGUACUUUACUUUCUCCAUCCUAGGAAACUUCAACAAUUUCUUCUUCGCUGCUCAUCUUCUGGAUGUCGCCGUCGGUUUCAAAACGCUAAGAACGAUCCUGCAAUCUGUAACGCACAACGGAAAGCAGCUCGUUUUGACCGUAAUGCUCCUCACAAUUGUAGUCUACAUUUACACUGUAAUCGCUUUUAACUUCUUCCGUAAAUUCUACGUUCAGGAAGAGGAUGAAGAGGUAGAAAGAAAGUGCCACGACAUGUUGACCUGUUUUGUCUUCCAUUUGUACAAAGGCGUCCGAGCGGGUGGCGGUAUCGGUGAUGAAAUCGGUGAUCCUGAUGGCGAUCCUUAUGAAGUCUAUCGUAUCAUUUUCGACAUUACUUUCUUCUUCUUCGUUAUUGUCAUUCUCUUGGCCAUCAUCCAAGGUUUGAUUAUUGAUGCUUUCGGUGAACUCCGUGACCAACUUGAAUCCGUCAAGGAUGACAUGGAGUCUAAUUGCUUCAUUUGCGGCAUAGGGAAGGACUAUUUCGACAAAGUACCGCAUGGGUUCGAUACACACGUUCAACAAGAACAUAAUUUGGCCAACUACAUGUUCUUCCUCAUGCACUUGAUUAACAAGCCGGAUACUGAGUAUACGGGCCAAGAGACCUAUGUAUGGAAUAUGUACCAGCAGCGAAGUUGGGACUUCUUCCCAGUCGGCGACUGCUUCCGUAAGCAAUAUGAGGAUGAACUGGGUGGCGGUGGAGGUGGUUAGAGACCAUAAAAAUCUCAAUUAGUACCUAACUUUUUUAUAGCAAUAUCUAAACAAUGUAAAAACCCCAAUUGAAUCCACCGCGUCAAUUUAUAGAUUUUGGACUUUACAUACUACUUUAGGGAAAUAUUUAUUCAUUUGAUUCUAAUUGAAUUUUACUUAAUAAGGAAGAGCAAAUAUUUCAAAAGAGAUUCGAAAUGUAUCUGCAUGAGCGAUUGAUUUCGCUAAAUGUUGUCCGGCAAGCAGAAUGCUAUUCACAUGGAAACGUCUUUCAUAAUAAUAGUAAAAAGUCAAUGAAGAAAAAUCUUUAAUUUAGUUUUCUGUAAUUAAAAGUAAAAAAAUGAACGAUAAAAUUAGUUUUGGAGCGCAGUGAAAUGCCAACCCGAAUAUCAGGCGGUAAAAUAAAACAAUCAAAACAUUCUCUUUUAUAAAAUCAAAUUAAUCCUUAUCCAGCCUUCAUCAUCAAAAAACAGAUUUAAGGAGGGAUAUAUUCAAAUCGCAAGUUUGGAAGCUUGUAAAGGCGUCCGUCCUUACUUUAAGCUAGUCUUUCGAGUUUUCCACCUUCAUAGAAUUCUCAAUGCAUUUCGCAUAGUUUGCAAGUUCGCUUUUCGUUUUUUCAGUUCAAUCUUAAUCUAUUUCAAACUAAACGCAUUUUAGGAAUAGAAAUGCUCUGAAGAUGUAAAAAGUAAGUCAGUUUUAUGUAUUUCUGUUUAUUUCGUUGUUUGUCAAUACUUUAAUCCAAUAUGCAUAGACAGUGAGAUACUUGAGACGGAUGCUUGCUGUUGUUCAUCAUUUUAAAUAUAUUUAUGUCAAAUGAAAUUUUAUGCCAGUUGAAAAGUCUAAUUAAAUAAACAUUUUAAAAAAUUCGUCUAUCA